GAGUUUGUAUAGAAACAUAAAGAAUUGGCUAUUUGCAAAUUUAAUAAAGAAAACAAGCGAAAGAGAACAAUUACCGCUGCAAUUCAGCAGCAAAACGAACGGCGAAAGAGCGAAACACCGAAAAGGGAAACUAAAAACGUCAUCAGUUGUCAUCGUAUUGCGCUUUGUGCCAUCCUUCCAUAUCCAUUCUUAAAUUUCUACUUGUCAUAGAUGGAAGUCGACCUACUCAUUCAUUCAGUACUUGUUCGUCUCAAAAUUUGAGGCAGUAUUAUUUCGUUAAAAUUCUAAGCGUACCUAGGCAACUAUAAAAAAAAAUUGGUUAUUAAUUAGUAGCAAACGAAAUUCCGAUAUAUUUCAUCUUAAAAAAAUAUACAGAAAGAAAAGUGAGAAGUGAAAAUUGUGAAAAGGUGAAUAAGCAUUUAUGACUACCAGAAAGAAACAAUGUGGUAAAACGGAUAACUAGAAGAACUAACAAGCCUGUAAUUACUACUGAAAACUAUUGGAUGCAAUUCACAGCAUUAUUGAAAUUGCAAUUAUAGAACAAAAUCGCCACGAUUUGCACACCCACGUAGUCAUCGUUGUCGCUUCUGUACUACGGUGCGUGUUACUCCCUGGUCUAUUUAGUCUGCGUUGUAUAUUCCACAACUGCAGCUCCAGAAGUGGCGUAGGAACGAAUUCCCCCGUGUCUGGUUUUGCGUUUAUCAGCAGCAGAAUACGCCCAACAAAAACAACAUCUUCAAAAACAAACCAAGCAAAACUGUCAGCAGUAAUUCGGGCAAGUAGCCAGGUUGCCUAUCAGGCGGUGUCUCGUGACAUUGUUCAGCUGAACCUGAACUACUAGGGGCAAACAGAGAUACGACAACUUUGACAACUACAAUUUAGUGUUCACAAAAAAUUAAAUCGUUAGUGAGACUGCAAGCAAGCUAUAGUCUACGCGUUCAUUGAGGCUCAGCUUGCUUUGGAGCACUAUAAAAUCUGCAACUCAACAAAAGCAAAAACCAAAAAAAUAUAAUUACAACAAAACAAACUAGCAUUUUACAAAACGCAAAACCAUAAAAAGUUAAAGAAAAAGUACAUAAAGAAAUAACUAAGCGUAGCGAAAACAAUCAAAAUGCGAAAACAAAAGGAAGACAUGCAAGUAAAUGUCGCUGGUUUGCGUCGCAACAUCAAAAACCUCGCGCACAACUAUUCUGAUGCGCAGGUGAAAGUACGCGAGGCCACGUCCAAUGACCCUUGGGGGCCAUCGGCUACUAUAAUGGCCGAGAUUGCUGACCUCACCUACAAUGUCGUAGCCUUCUCGGAGAUAAUGCAAAUGAUUUGGAAACGUCUAAAUGAUCAUGGCAAGAAUUGGCGGCAUGUUUACAAGGCACUUAUCCUGCUGGAGUAUUUGAUUAAAACCGGCACGGAAAAAGUGGCACAACAGUGCAAGGAGAACAUUUUUGCCAUACAAACACUUCGUGAAUUUGUGUACUUUGAAGAGGGCAAAGACCAGGGUACUCAUGUACGCGAAAAAGCCAAACAGUUGGUGAAUUUGCUGAAGGAUGACGAACGUUUGAAGAAUGAACGUGUGAAAGCGUUGAAGGCGAAAGAGCGUUUUGCACAACAUCCCAGUGGUUUUGGUAGUGAUGGUUACAUUGAUGGGCCGACGCACCGUGAUAUGCCGCCCGGUUGGCAGGAAGAACCGAAGCCGGUGUCUGAAUUGGAGUUGGUGCGUCCGCAAACGGCUGGCGAGGAGGAGUUACAGCUGCAGUUGGCCAUGGCCAUGUCUCGAGAAGAGGCUGAACAGGAGGAGGCGAAACGACGCAGUGAUGAUGUGCGUUUACAGCUGGCGUUAAGCCAAAGCGAACAGGAUUUCAAAGAUCAAACUGUACCUGUGGGUAAAAGGGAUAAGCCACAAUCGCAUUUGUUAGAUUUGCUUGACAUUUCCUUGGGCGCCACUAGCAUUUCCAGUCCGCCAUUGGGUGCCACCGGCGGCAGUGGCGAUCCAUGGGCUACGCCGGCACGUGCUGCAAGUCAGCUAUCGGAUCCCUGGUCGGGUACGUCAUCGCCGCAAAUUGAUCCUUGGCAACCGGCUGCGUCUAUGCGUACUGCCACCGCUUCAGCGCCACUAGGUGCAGUUGGCGGUAUUGGUAGUAACGGUGGCGAAGCCUGGGGUCUAACACGCACACAAUCACCGUCCGUGGCAUCUGGUUCUUCGACUGAGGGUUGGCUGCAAAGCAAUGGCGGUGGUGCUGCUGGUAGCACUGCCAUAUUGAAUGGAAACUCUAUUGGUGCCGGCGCGAUUGGUGGCGUAGAUCCUUGGCUAUCUAAAAGCGGAGCUGUUGGAGGCGCAACUGCUGCCGAAAACGUUGAGCCAGUGGAUUCAUGGCUGACGGAGAAGGUGAAGCCAGUGGAAAUAUCGUCCCUAAUGGCAGCGCCAACUGCCGAUCCCUGGGCACCCAAAGCCGGUACGACGAACAAUGACGAUCUAUGGAAGAGUACUGAAACGAGUGUGGUUAAGAAGCCUUCACCUGAUUUAGAUGAAUUCGAUAUAAUAACCAAUCGAAAUAAGACUGGAGAUUUGUUAACUAAUAGUUUGGCAAGUGUUUCUAACAAUAAUAACGCAUCACUACUCGAUGAAAUGGAUCCGCUAUCUGCAACGAAUUCAUCGCUCAAUGCAGCCUCAACGAAUACGAAGAAACAAUUGAAAACACCACAGUCGUUCUUAGGUGAAAAUUCAUCAUUAGUUAAUUUGGAUAAUCUAAUAAAGCCCAUUCAAACGCAACCGCAAGUGGGCAAUGCUGCCUACAAUCCGUUUAGCGACACUGUUGUACCACCAAAAACAAAUCUAUUCCAACAACAACAGCCUGCGGUACCGUCCAUUAAUCAGCUAAAACAACAACAGCCCUUUGCCAUGACUAUGAAUCAAGAUCCUUGGGCGCCGGUCAACAAUUCCACUAAUACGACACAGCCCUCCAGAAACUUCUUUACUGAAUAUGAACGCGACGAAUUCACAAGUUUUCAUAGCAACAAUUUGCAUAACGAAAAUAAUAAUAACAAACAAAUCAACAAUAAUCUCAACAACAACAACAUCAGCUGCAGCAACCACAACAAACCAACUCUACAAUAUUCGAAAAGUGAUUAUGACGUCUUCAAUACCUCGUUCGGCACUUCUUCAAAUGAUUUCUUUCUCUAUAAUAACAACAACAAUAGUCAACAAAAUGGACCUCAUCAAUUCCAAACCCAAGUGCAAGUUCAUAGUCAAAGUGUUGAUAAUAUACGCAACAUACAAACCACCAGCGACAGUGACACAGACAUCUAUGAUAACUCAUCAAAUACGACCAUCCAUCAGCAAGUGGCAACGAGCAACAGAAAUUUUCAAACCAGCACCAAUACCACCAGUUCCUCCCUAGCUUUACAGCCACCACUCGCACCAGCCACUACGCUUUACCAGACGGAUUUUGCGGACUUUAGCGCCGCGCUAAAUCAAGAUAGCUUUGUCAGCGAUGCCUUUAACAAGAAUACGACAUCCAACUAUGCCUAUGGCCAAGCAUCCACCAAAUUAGAUGCCACAUACCAAACAGCGCCGUUGGCAGCAAGUUACAGCAAUGCCUUAACGGCCGCUUUGGCAGGUACGCCGGGUAUUAAAUUAGCUGCUAUGCCGGUGCCAAUGUCGACUACAACUAUUCCAUUUGGUUUCGGCCCUUCAUCUAUGGAUAUGGGCAGCGGUGUUGGUGAUACUGGCAGUGGUGGUAUUGGUGUUGGCGUUGGCGGUGACUCUUUAUUUAAUUAUGGUUUUUAUGAUGCAACUCCGUCAAUAAACCACAACCACAACCACAACCUCAACAAUAACAACAAUAGCGCCAACAACAAUGCAAUAUUUUCGAUGUCGACAUCGUCGUCGUUGGGCAACUGUAAGCUGGAAAAUAAUAACAAUAUGCCUUGGAUGAAUCCGGAAGCAGCAUCGUCGUCGAAUCCAUUCUUAUCGUAAACUAAUUUUUUUUAAUGCGGAAAUUUAUAUUGGGCGGGUUUUAAAACAGCGAGCGCUACUCAGUUAGAGGAAUAAAGAAUUCUUUUUUUUAUAUAUACACAUUUACGCAUAAAAACAAAAAAAAAUUAUGAAAAAGUAUAAAUUUAAUAUAAGUAUUAUAAUUGUAAUAAUGAAUGUUUGAAAAACAGAUGCAGGCGUUGCAAUAGAGAGCUACAACGAGAGAGAUAGAGAGAGAGACCGAGAGAGAGACCAAGAGAGAGAGCGAGAGAGAGAAGUGGCAACAUGUUGGUUGGUGCGCGUGGGCGUGUGUGUGUGUGUGCUUUCUGAAGGUAACAAGGCGUGUGGUGGAGCAAAGUUGAGCUGCAAUGGCAGCUUGUAUGCGUAUUAGCACUUAGAAGGGGCUUAAAAAUUUUUACUAAAAAUGUAUGUACAUAUCUUUUGAAAGUAUUUGAGUAAUAAAAAAAGAAAUAAAUAAAUUAAAAAAAAGUUUCCCUUAUAAUCAUCAUACUUGCAGCUGCUGUUGUUACCCAAUCUGUCGUAUAUUUGCCACCACCGCCAUACACGUUUGCCAACACUGCACACCGAGGGCGCGUGCCACCAAAUGUUGCCAAAGCAGCAGAUCAAUACAAAAUUAAAAUUAAAAAUCAAGAAAAAACAAAAACACUUAUACACAAACAUGCAUACACACCUUAUACAUGUACGAAAAGAAGAAAUUAUUGAGAAAUUGAGCUGAACAGAAUGUUAGAGGAAAUACAAAUUAUGUAACCAUUGCUACUUUAUUUUAAUGCAAUAGCUAUAGUAAUAGAAAUUGUAAUUGUUUAAAUAUUUUAUCGUUGUAAAUCUUUUUUGUAAUUGUAAUUUUUAAAAGAUACAUUGUCUACAUAUGUAUAUACAUAUGAUGCAAAUUAUUUUUAUAUAUAAAUGAAAUUACCACUAAACUAUCGUAUGUACAAUGUUAUGUUGCAAUUUGCCGAGCAGAGUAAUUACUCAUAUGUUUGUUAUGUAAUACAUGGAUUGUGCGAUCAACCAACGACAGCUAAGCGAACCUUAUGUAUGUAUACAAUACUAAACCAAAAAAAAAAAAACAAAAUUAAAAUCAUUAAAAAAGCAAACAAACAAACAAACAGC